GAAGUGACGUCACUAACGCUGAGACAGGCUCAGGACGGAUCUGAGAGGUUCCUACAGCUGACCGGCGCUGGGGCUGUGUUCCUGUGGAGGCUAUGAGCUGCACCAUCGAGAAGAUUCUGACCGAUGCUAAGACGCUACUGGAGAGGCUGCGGGAGCACGAUGCUGCGGCCGAGUCGCUAGUGGACCAGUCCGCGGCGCUGCACCGGCGGGUGGCCGCUAUGCGGGAGGCGGGGACAGCCCUUCCGGACCAGUAUCAAGAGGAUGCAUCCGAUAUAAAGGACAUGUCCAAAUACAAACCUCACAUUCUGCUCUCCCAAGAGAAUACACAGAUUAGAGACUUGCAGCAGGAAAACAGAGAGCUAUGGGUUUCCUUGGAGGAACACCAGGAUGCUUUGGAACUCAUCAUGAGCAAAUACCGGAAACAGAUGUUACAAUUAAUGGUUGCUAAAAAAGCAGUGGAUGCUGAACCAGUCCUGAAAGCUCACCAGUCUCACUCUGCAGAAAUUGAGAGUCAGAUUGACAGAAUCUGUGAAAUGGGAGAAGUGAUGAGGAAAGCAGUUCAGAUGGAUGAUGACCAAUUUUGUAAGAUUCAGGAAAAACUAGCACAAUUAGAGCUUGAAAAUAAGGAACUUCGAGAGUUACUGUCCAUCAGCAGUGAGUCUCUUCAGGUCAGGAAGGACAAUUCAAUGGACACUACUUCCCAAGCCAUCAAAUAAUUCAGCUUCUGAAUGACAGCUGGAGAUUGUUUAUUAAGGAAAGAAGUUAUUAUCUCUCUAUUCUAGUGUUGUCCAUUUAGUGUCUUGCCUCAGACUUGAUUUAAUGUUGAUUAAAUGUAUCAAGUGGCAUUUUAGAAUUCACAGUCAAAAGUUCUGUCCACAGAACAGUUUUUGGGUGAAACACACUGAGUUUCACCAUUCCUUUCUCUAAGAGACUAUUAAUUUUCAUAUCUGGGACCUCAAUUUAUAUAAACUGUGUUUUCAGUUCAUUUUUGUUCUUUCAUAUCUCUGAAACUUAGAGCAUUUUGUUAAAAGCCAGUGCUUUUAUUCUAUAUAGGCUUAUAAAUUACAAUUCUAAAAAAUUUAAAGAGAGAGUUCCCAUCAUGGCUCAGCGGGUUAAGAACCCAACUAGUAUCCAUAAGGAUGCAGAUUCGAUCCCUGGCCUCACUCAGUGGGUUAAGGAUCCGGCUUUGCCAUUAGCUGUGGUGUAGGCCACAGAUGUGGCUUGGAUCUGGGGUUCCUGUGACUGUGGUUUAGGCCAGAAGCUACAGUCCAUUUUGACUCCUAGCCUGUGAACUUCCAUAUGCCACAGGUAUAGCCCUAAAAAGAAAAAAAAAAUUUAAGAGAUUAGCUUUAUAAAUCUAUUUGGCAUAAACCUGGAUUUUUUUUUUCCAUUUGAGAAGAGUAAUACAAUUCCAGAGAAGUAGAUUGCCAAAUUUUCUGAUUUGUAAUGUCAUUCAUUCACCUUUUAUGAAGUUUUAGGUCUCUCUGGUGCUAAGAGCUGCCAUUUUAUGGCCUGGUGUCUUUUAAUUUGAAAGAACCUAUUGCUAGUAUCCAGGAAACAUACUUGAAAAUCAGUCAACUAUUUUUUUCUAGUGGUGGUAUAACCAUUGUAUUGUUCAAAGAAUGCUGAGAAAUUUGUCCUGUGUAUGUGUGUACGCAUACGUGUGCUCUUAGUUCAGAUGCUAUAAGUAUGUUUUAUUUAUUCUAUUAGAUGUUAGGAGUCAAUUUUUUAAUUUUGUCCUACCAGGAAAUCUUUAACUUGGGUAGUUACCCAGUGUGAAGAACAUAUAAUAGGUUUAUUCACAUCAUAGUUCUUAGGUACUACAUUCUACAGUUCAGUUUAUAUGUACCUUCUAUUUUAUAAUUAAGAACCAUCACUUAUUUGGAUGUUAUUCAUUACUAGUAUUAGUAGUCCUGUCAUCUUUUUAGAUCCAUUUUUCACAUGGAAACAAAGUUUUCUCACCUAAUGAGUUAUUAUAUUCAUAGUGUUGUGUGAACAACAAAGCAGUGUUGAGAUUCAGAUGCUAAUUGAUCAGCUAGGGUCACCCAUCAGUUCAUUCUCCCAUCUCGGUUUAACUCAUUUUACAAAUCAUUUCAUGUAAUACUCAGUUUACAAAUCAUUUCAUGUAAUACUACCGAUUUAGGUUUGCCCAAAAAUAAUUGAAAUAAUGAAUGAUAAAUUUGUCAAUAUUUUCCUGUAACACUAAGCACUAUACUGCUUGGGAGAGACAGUUUUUGGUUAGUGCUUUAUGUGAUGUAAACUUUCCUUUGUACUGUCAUAAAAGUUAACUCCAAUUAAAACAAAAUUUCUCCAAGAUAUCCUAAAUACAUCUGAUUCCAGUAAUAUUAAUGGCCUAUGUCGACAGUGGUAGGCUGUAAUGAAUCAGUCUAAGUCAUUUUAGAAUUUGUCAACUUUGUAUUCAAAGUCCUGUAGAGAAUUUGAAAAAUUUCCUAAGAGUAUAUAAACUUUCAGUCUAGCCAUUUGCCUUGACAUAUAUGCCCUAAGUGCCACUGUAUGUACCCCAGUUCCAUUCAGGAGGCAUGUACCCUGUAACAUUUGUCAGCUGCCAUGGCCAGUUUUUGGCGAAAAUGAUAAUGUGAUCAGAUGGCCUAUGAAAGUAUAGCAUAGUGUCCUUUUAUCUCCUUUAUAUUCCUUUAGAGUUGUUUGUAAAGUUCUUUCCAUCUCAGAUAUCAGAAUAAAUCUAUAUGUUAACUUUUCCCCCUGGCAAAUCAAAAGCUCGAAGCAUGAGUCUCAAGAGCUCUUAGCACCCUAUAUAAUAUAAAUUCUAGCUGGUGUUACUAUGAAAAUAGUGUGUAGUUAGAAGAUUGAAGUGGGGAAGGAAUGUUCUUGACUUUGGUUUGAGUGGGUAUUAAAGUUUCUUUUGCAGUGGAUGAUGGAACUUCACUGAUUUGCAAAAUUUUAAUUAAAACUUAACUUUUUAAUAAAAGUCUAAUUUUGAGACUAUCAGCUAGUUUUACUCCAUAAUGAGUCUAAUUAUUAGAAAGUGCAAAGGUUUAUUUUUCACCUAAAAAGCAACCUGUCAGGUAGACAGGGAUUGUCAUAAAUAUUUUGUAAUUAGCACAGUGUAUCCAACAGUAAAACUACAAGUAAUUGUUUCUGAACAAUCUUUUAGAGAUUUCCUCAUGGUUAUUAUGGUUAGAAAUCAUAAAUUAUAUGAUUACAAGUCAAAUUACAAAAUUAAAACAUUUUGGAAGUAUUGCAGUAUUCCUCAAAAUGUGGUUUACUGACCUACUGAAAUCGAAGUUUGAGGAUGGAAUCUAGAAACUUGUGGUUUUUGCUUUUGGGUUUUUUUUUUUGCCUUUUCUAGGGCCGCUCCCGCAUAUGGAGGUUUGCAGGCUAGGGGAUCUAAUUGGAGCUGUAGCCACUGACCUAUGCCAGAGCCACAGCAACGUGGGAUCCGAGCCACGUCUGUGACCUACACCACAGCUCAUGGCAAUGCCGGAUCCUUAACCCACUGAGCAAGGCCAGGGAUUGAACCCGCUACCUUAUGGUUCCUAGUCAGAUUUGUUAACCACUGCGCCACGACAGGAACUCCAGAACUUGUGUUUUAAUAAUCAUCCCAGGUAACUUCUAAAGACACUAGUUUGAGUUAGGAAUUUCAUAAAGGAGAGGUAGACAUUGACAGUGUUUUCAAAGAAAAAUCUUCUGGUAGAGGAGGCAAAUAAUGUGAUAACUCCAGUAUAAGGAUGCAUAGAGUACAGAGUAGGGUCUAUUUACAACUUGAGAAUCCAACAGAGAAAAAAAAAAAAAAAGGGUAGGAGAACUAGAAAGCUUGGUGCUUUUAGUUAUUAUAUAAUCUUCAUUUCAACCAUACCUUCAUAUACCCAGACACAAGGAGGUUAUUUUUCCAAACUGAAACCAAAAUUCACACCCAGUCUUUUAAACAUAUUCUUAACCAUUAAGCUGAGAUUCCUUUGUGCCAAGUACUGUUCAGAGAGUUCAAGUGGUUCUUGAUUAAUCUUUAAAAUUUUUUUAUUAGUAGUGCAAAAGAAAUACCACAGCCCAUAUAUUAGAAAAUAUCAAAUUUAAUAGUCUUAACUAAUAAGACAUAGUUGUCAUCUGUUUUCUAGAAUGGUUCAGCUAAAAGUAUGCGUGUAUGUGCAACUGAAAGAACAAUGCUUAAUCAGUGGUCCUUACUACAUACAGGAAAGGGUGUGGUUCUGGCUUUCAGAUCUGCCUUCUUACCAUGUUGUUUUUCAUCCUUCAUGAUUUUCUGGCUGCAAGAAGGUUGCUGCUGUGCCAGAUGUCAUAUCCGUGUUCCAGGCAGGAAAAAAAGGGGGGGAAUGCCAGCCGCAUGUAUUGUUUUUUAUGUGACUCAGGCAGAUUUCCCCUUAUCUUGUUUGCCUGACCUAUUGAAUGGUCACUUCUAGCAGUAAAGGAGGCUGAGUACAUAGCUGCACCAAAUAAAAUCACUCUUCUAAUACCGAAGAGGAAAGAGUAUUGAGAAAGCAACUAAUAAUAUCUGACACGUCUUUUUUUUUUUUUUUUUUUUUGUCUUUUUUAGGGCCACACCCACGGCAUGUGGAGGUUCCCAGGCUUGGGGUCUGCCAGAGCUGUAGCUGCCAGCCUACAUCACAGCCACAGCAAUGCCAUAUCUGAGCCGCAUCUGCAAUCUACACCACAGCUCACGGCAACGCUGGAUCCUUAACCCACUGAGCAAGGCCAGGGAUCAAACCUGCAACCUCAUGAUUCCUAGUCAGAUUCAUUUCCUCUGCACCACGAUGGGAACUCCCUCACACAAGUCUUCUUAUAUUGAAUAGUUCUUAACAAGUGUUAAGUGUUAGCUGAAGGACCAUGUAGAUAUUGAGUGGCCAAAAAAUGGGCUUGAGGAAAACAUCCAUCAUUUCUUUUUUUGCUGCCCAUUAUCCUAACCUCUGUAUUUAAGGAAUCCCUUACCUAAUGAGGCAGAAUCUCCCUCCUUCCUAAAAAAUUUGAAAGUGUCAGAUAUUUGUUUUCCCAGCCUCUUUGCAGCCAGAAAAAGUACCUCUUUGUCCUAAAAGUUAGUGAUACAAAGAAGCAGGGAACUAUGCAGAAUUCUUUUGAGUAAAGGCAGUGGUGUACACUGGCUACUACAUCCAGCUCUACAGAAGAGCAGCACAAGUGGCUUUACUGAUAACUUUCAGUUUCCAGUGUCAUCAGAGUCAAUAGUGUAAGCUGCAGUGUUUCUGCCCAACAGUGGACACAGUGGGAUCUUCACUGAAGCAGUUACCUGAAGUGAUUAGAGCCUGCAUAGCAUUUACAUUGUGGUUUUCUGGCUGUUCAGAGAUCCUGAGAAUUACUAGCUUUUAAUAAAAUCAGUUUUUGUUAAAAUUAACCUGAAUCACCUAUAAUUAAGAAUUCUGAUAAACAUAAUUUAAAAAACAACCAUGCAAAUAUAAAUUUUGCCAACACUUUAUGCGUAAAUUUGUACGUAUAUUUUAAUGUAACUUUUGACAUUUAUAAAAGGAUAAAUGUGGAAUUCUUUUGUGGCAGCAGCUUGGGUUACUGCCGUGGCACUGCUUCAAUCCUCAGCCAGAGAACUUACACAUGCUUUCAGGUGUGGCCAGACCAAAAAAAAAAAAAAAAAAAAAAAAAAAAAAAAAAGG